AUGGACUCUCCAUCUUCAUUAAGUCUCAACGUCCAGGAUGGCGUACACCGCUCAUCCUCCCCAAACAAUCUCAAAUCGCGCUUUCGCAAACACCUGGACCUUUGGAAAGCUGGCUUAGCUGCGAAGGAGCACUGGGACGAUGAAUACAACUUCCAACCUGGCCGUUAUGCUGGACAGGGGCGCUAG